AUGAUAUUUGCUCCUACAAGUCCUACUUCUGGUGUAUAUUUGUCGCCUAUUUCUUAUCGCCCUAGUUCAUCAUGUUCUUCGGCGACCUCGCUUGCAACACUUGAGUUUGCACCUCCUAGUCCGGCAUUCCCCGAUACCACAGACACCUUGAAACCACCUAUUCCAACUACUCCGAAGCCUGUGUUUGAGAAAAGGGGUCGCAAACACCGUUUCCAGAAACGUUCUUUUUCGUCUUCUCCUCAACCACCCCUUCGUCUCAAAGUACCCCUACCACCGACGACCAACACGCUUGACGCCAAUGAGCGAGCUGAUCUCAUACGGAGAAAUCGCAAGUUGGUGCAACUGUUGGGGCAAACUCCGGCAGUUGAAAUGGCUGCGUCAGAAGUAGAGGAGUCGCGUCUAUUUAAGAUACUGCCACAACCCCCCUUCUCUGCUUUUCUGGGAUCAGCGAAGCAGAAGCAUCAUCGUCAUGCAAUGUCUGUAUCUGUUGCUGUGAAGACCCCCGGUUUUAAAUCGGAACCGCCAUCGUCAUGGCAAGUUAUAGACUAUCCAUCAACACAGAGCGGUCGCAGAUAUUCCACACCCUACACUCCACGUAGCUUUACGUUCUACCUGGAUGAUUCACCGGAGCUACCAGCCACUCGCGAUCAUCACGGCUCACAUCGCCAUUGGGAUCCGCAGCACCAAUAUGGUUCCCCAACUUCUUUCAUUGAUCUUUCAGAUGAAGAUAAUUCACAUGAUGCUUCGGAUGCGAUCAGUUUGGAAAUGCCGAACACGGCAAACGGUCGCCGAAUCUUCCAUCAUUCAUCCUCGACACCAUCUGUGGUGGAGACGUUUACGCCCGAGGAACAAGCCGAAGCCGAGAGAAGAAGAAAGCGUGACAAGCUGGCUAAACUCCACCGUUUUCUUGGCUCUCGCGUCCCUACCGACUUGGUCGUUGGUCAUAUAGCUGGUCCGUCUUUACCUCCAUCGUCGAUGCCUGUGGACGGCCACGAUAUGUGGCUUUACAGGCGAAGGAGCGGUUCAUCCGCCCCAUCAUUCGAGCGUGUCAAGACAGAGCUCGAUGACGAGGAGAAGGCUUUGAAUGUCAGACGUGCUCAGAAGAUGGAAAAGCUUUUCGGGAUUCCCCCUCCUCAAACCUUGUACCAUACUCGCCAUGCUCCUGCAACAGUGGUCCGGUCUCAACCGGCAUCCCCUGUAGCGUCCCUUAUGACCCCGACCUACGCAUCCGCCAAUGCUCCUGGUUUAUCCCGGCGUAAUCCAAACCAGUCUGCGUAUAUGAAAGGGAAGAAAGUGCAUCGCCCAGGAACUUCGGAGUCAACUACGUUCCUACUGCCGCUCAAGACUUCCAGCUCUCCAGAGUCUGGUCAGACGUCUGGCUAUCAGGAUGCCCUCGCACAAUCUUCUGUGUACAUGAACUAUCAGCAUUCUAUCGCUUCACUGACAGACAUCAUUGACCGAGUGAGUGAACAGAUGCGGAAUCAUGUACGUCACUCACCAUUCCAAAGGAUGACAGGGCGUCUCUUGCGGAGCUCCAUCGGUUCCUCCACGGCGAUGUAG